CAAAGGCAGAGGCCCAGAACGGCUCCAGGAAAUGUUUGUAUUUCUCCACAGGGAGGGAGGACAAACAACCUUUUCUCGUGCCUUCUGGGCAGCUUUGCACGCUCCCCAGCACAGGAGUCUGCACAGCCGGAGUGGGGCUGGAAAGAAAAACCGUCCUGGGGCUGGACCCAGCGCCCGCUCUAGGGCAUGAAUCUCCCCAAACCCGCCAGCCGCUCCCCAGAAAUGACCACUUGCCUGUCAAAGCCUGGCCGUGCUCCGUGCUUCACCUGCAGGGGAGACAGGUAGCGUGGGACAGCCUGCCCAGAAGGGGCCUCCGGAGUCUCUCAUCUCCUGGCUGAAGUCCAAGGUCGCCUAGCGGUGGCUGCGUCCACCCACACGUGCAGUCGGGACCCGCGGAGGCCAGGGGUGAAGGAGUCAGAAAACCAGCGGCCGGGUGAGUGGGUGGCAUUCAGGGAGCAUCUGUGUCUUUGCGGGGGGAGGCUCCCGGGGCCACCCGGCCCGUCCUCUGUCCACCAUGGACAACGGCUCGUGCUGCCUCAUCGAGGGGAACCCCAUCUCUCAGGUGAUGCCACCGCUGCUGAUCCUGGCCUUCGUGCUCGGCGCGCUGGGCAAUGGUGUCGCCCUGUGUGGUUUCUGCUUUUACAUGAAGACCUGGAAGCCGAGCACCAUUUACCUUUUCAACUUGGCCGUGGCCGACUUCCUUCUCAUGAUCUGCCUGCCCUUCCGGACGGACUACUACUGGAGACACAGGCAGUGGGCCUUCGAGGACAUCCCGUGUCGGGUGGCCCUCUUCAUGCUGGCCAUGAACAGGGCGGGGAGCAUCCUCUUCCUCACCGUGGUGGCCGUGGACAGGUACUUCAAAGUGGUCCACCCCCACCACGUGGUGAACGCCAUCUCCAACCGGACCGCAGCUGGCAUCGUAUGUGCCCUUUGGGCCAUGGUCAUCCUGGGGACUGUCUAUCUUUUGAUGGAGAACCAUCUGUGCGUGGAUGAGAAGACCAUAUCCUGCGAGAGCUUCAUCAUGGAGUCGGCCAACGGCUGGCACGACAUCAUGUUUCAGCUAGAGUUUUUCCUGCCCCUCGCCAUCAUCCUCUUCUGCUCCUUCAAGAUUGUUUGGAGCCUGAGGCAGAGGCGGCGGCUGGCCAGGCAGACCCGGAUGAAGAAGGCCACCCGGUUCAUCAUGGUGGUGGCCGUGGUGUUCGUCACGUGUUACCUGCCCAGCGUGUCGGCCAGACUCUACUUCCUCUGGACGGUGCCCUCAAGCGCCUGCGACCCCUCUGUCCACGUAGCCCUCCACGUCACCCUCAGCUUCACCUACAUGAACAGCAUGCUGGACCCCCUGGUGUAUUAUUUUUCGAGUCCCUCGUUCCCCAAGUUCUACACCAAGCUCAAAAUCCGCAGCUUGAGACCCAAGAGGCCAGGACGCUCCGAGACCCAGAGCCCGGAAGAGAUGCCAAUUUCAAGCCUCUGUCGCAAGAGUUGUGUCAGCGUGGCCAACAGCGUCCAGAGCCAAUCCAACAGGCAGUAAGAUCUCCAAACGUACGGGAUGGCCCUGAAACAGGCAGACAGACAAAACCAGGGAGGACAGACCGAUGACCUAGAAAGAGUUGGUGCUAAGGGGCUGAGAGGCUUUUGAAAAUACCGCCCGCCCUUAGCUGUAUCCUCUCGCUCCAUCUGGAAAUGGAAUGCAGGUUACUAUGCCUUUUUGGAAGGUUCCAACUGAGGAGUGAGUCAGUUGCCUUUCUAUGACCCGGCUGCAAUGACGGGACAAGAUGGGCAUGAAAUGGGGCAUGUGUGUAUCGGGUGGGGCGAUGGGAAGA